UUGAUUCAUUUCAAAUCCAAUGAAAAAUCCAAAACAGCAAAAAUGCCACUCAAAAUACUUCAAAUAAAAUAAUACCAAUAUAGCACUGCACCAUAUGUGUUGUUACAAAAUGUUAAGCUCCAUUUGUUUCUUGAGAUCACAGUGCAUAUAAAUAUUUUGUGCUGAAUUUGUUAAUACUGGCAUUGCUACAAUCUUUGGCAUUGCUAUAUUGCAUGCUGCUAUAAUUUUAUUAGAAAUGUAAUAUUGCAGCAAUGAAAAAUGUUUUUUGCAUCUUCAUUUUCAGCUAUUUCUCGCACGUAGUCUGUCCGGUGCAUUCGGGCUGCAUAUUAAGAACGGCGAUUGCUAAAUAUAUUGACAAUUCUGAACUAGCAUUUGCAGUUCUGGCUGAGUUGCGCGGUUUAUCGACCUGUUUGACAAUUGUUUCAUCUCUUGUGCAAUCUGACUGUGCCGUGGCCACGUUUCAGUUCGUUAGCGUCUCUCUCUGCCAAUCAGCAGGCGGUGUGAUCUGAGCAGGCCUGAAUGGCACGUAGUGCUGGAGGCCAGACUGUUGGCAACUAAAACUGAAAUGCUUUCCAUUCCCGUUCAUUUAGUCCUCACCACUGAUAUAACUCACCUUCAGUCCUGAUGAAGAGUUCACUCGGAGCACCUCUAUCAUGAGAACACUAAGGGUUACCCAAGACAAUCAACCCUCUGUCUCCUUCCAUGUACUGUAGCUCUGGGGAAUUAGAUGUUGCAACAUAAUAAGGAUCUGAUCCUCACUCUUCACAUCUCACGAUCCAGGCCCUGGUACUCUCAUGCCUGGUCUAUUGCAGUGCCCUUCUUGCCCGCCUCCCUGACCCAUGACUUCUAUAAACCCUUCCCAAGUAUAUUGGGAAAGUAGCAGUUUGAGUGUUCUUCUUUCCACUGGGGAGUUUUUAUAACCUCAGUUACUUGUUUUUUGACGGUUUGGGACUGAUUUUUUUGUGCCCAUUUUUCUUUUAUAUUCCUACUGUAGCGUCUUUGUGACAAUUCAAAUAAACUCAAAUUGAGUUGACAGCAGAAUUUCUGUCCAUUUUCAGUCAGAGGCUGAAGUCCUACUCUUCUGCCUGCUUCUUGGUUCCUAUCCCAUUCCCACCCCCUAACCCUCCUAUCUUUUAUACUAAUUUAGGUUAUGGUUUUAUUUUAUGGUUUUCAGGUUUUUUUCUUAAGGAUGUAAUCAGUACAUAUUCAGGAUUUCUUGAUUAGCAAAGUUCAUUUUCAUUACUGUUAUUGAUGCUGCAGUGUCCUGAAAAAGUAUUUGGCCCCUUCCUUAUUUCCUCUAUUAUCGCAUAUUUUUUUAAGCAAUUACGCAUUUCAGUACUUGAUAUAAGAAGUUCCAUGGAUAAGCAUAUUUGGAAAACUGACAUGGUAAAAACUUAACAUAACAUGACAAAACUGAAACAUGUUAAAAUUAUGACCUGGUCACAUCAGAAAGGUAAGUUUAUUUUAGAUUUUCUCCUGAAAGUAGCAAUAGUAACCCUGAAAGUCAGGUCCAGAGGACAGAACAAAAUUUGGCGGUUGAACCGCAGGUCGACAGAGUCCCACCAUGACUGUCCCUUAAAUCUCCUGUGGUGUUCUCUGUUACCUGCAGGGUUUUAAAAAUGUGCAUUCUAGGGGUGGUUCUGGGCCCCUGGGUGGGGCCACGUCAGGUCUGCGCUGGGCCUACGGAAAAGAACGUCUCCACGGCGACCUCAGGCUCUUCCCCGUCAACGACAGCGUCCGCGGGCGCUGCGUCAGCCCAGAGAAAGAGGCGGAGGAGAUGGAGGCUCAGACUGACGAUGGAAGGCCCAUCCCCCAGAUCAAUGAAUUCUCGGAGGCGGAGUCCAUCUCCAGGAAGCCGCGCCCCUCUCGGGGGGAUGUGCGGGACCUCCGGGAGGCCAGGAGACUCCAGAAACACAGAGCCCCUCAUGGACAGCAUAUCCCAGAAUGCAUUGGGGCCCCAGAGAAGCAGGGUCAGCAUGGGGCUAUGCAGCGGGCAGCCACACACAAUUCAUUAGCAUCACAAAUGCCAUUGAAGCUGCAGAUGAAAAUUUAUGGGCAGAGGGGCAGCCUUGGGAUAAGCAUCGCCGGGGGGAGGGGCUCCCUGCCUUACAAGGAACAUGACGAGGGCGUCUUCAUCUCCCGAGUGGCCAAAGGAGGACCUGCGGAAAAGGCGGGAAUCCACAUCGGGGACAGAGUGCUGGAGGUUAAUGGCUUGAACAUGCAGGAGAUGACCCACCAUGAGGCAGUCUGUGCACUGCGGAACGCUGGCAGCUGCGUGAAGAUGAAGGUGCUGAGGGAGAGGAGCGUGUGCCCAGCCCUGUUCACGGCCCCGCCCAUCCACGCUGAGGCGCCAGAGAUGGACAGCCCUGCGGAUAGAAAUCCGGCCAACCCCACGAACCCAGGGAAUCCCGGGCCCAAACGACAUAACUCUGAGCCUGAAUGCAGGUUGCCGGGGGCGAUAGAAGCCGUUGUUCUCUGCAAUGGAAAUGGCGCGAGCUCGGCUGAACCAGAGAAACCCAUGGGCUGGACAGCGAGAGAUGCAGAAGCCUCCUUCAAAGCCAACGCAUUUCAGGUUGUCAAAAACACCAUGGCGAUUCCGCGAAUUAUCCUCACCCACCCGUCUACCUCAGAUGAAGACAUCGAGCCUCUAACACAGGACCCAGAAGACAAAGACCUGGACGACUUUGGUGACCUGGAAAGUCAUGCCUACUCAGACUGCUUAAACAACGCUUUCUAUCCACCCUGACCUCUCCUGACUGGGGAAUGCAUAGCCUGCAAGUAAUAUGUUUGCAUUGAGUACUUUGCUGUUUCUCAGAUCUUUCCUUUUAUACUGCAUAUAAAAUGCUAACUUUAAGACAUUUGACCUGAACAGGAAUGAAUGAGGAUGGAAGGACGGCUUCCUCUCUGUAACUGUUCCAUGAUCACAUGCUGAUUGCUCUGGCUGUAGCUAUCUUUCUGAAUUUGUACAGGCACUAGGAAAUCCUGCAUUCAGUCUCAUGUUCAUGUCCAAAAUGCAGAUUCACCUCAGAUCAGACAUUUGACCUUCAGGGUUCACAGAACGACCUCUGUUA